GAAAAUUUGACCACGGAGAAUCUCACACCCAAAGUCCCAAAGUUGGGCUUUCUAACUGCACUUUAUGGAUUUUUGCACCAAAUAUUGAAUCUAGCUAAGCAUUUUUUGCAACGCUUACAAACACCAUAUGUAAGAAACACAAAACAAACUUUAUUGACUUCCAGUAGGCUAAAGCAUCAUAUCCAGCAUAUGUAGUCUUAGAAAAUAUGUAAUGCGUCUUAAGAACGGCAUUUGGAAGGCGAUGACCAAAUGCGCGUUGAAGGUUUAACGUAGUGGGAUGAAUAAUACAUUCUCUCAUGCGUAUGGAAUAUUUGCCUUUACGCUAACCAUUUUUCAAUCUUUUACUUUUCUGGUUCAUCUAUGAUGCUAGUUAGCUUUACUUUAUUUCCUCAGCUUCACAUUCCAUACUUCUUUAUCUCAAUAUAACUGGCUAGCUUAGAUUAAUUAGCUACCAAUUUAUUCUCAUUACCGAAGCAAACUAAUAUCAGUAAUCCUGUGAUCAAUCAAUCCGACAUCAUUGAGGAAAGAUGGGUGUAACUUCUAGGAUGCCUUUUCCCCUCCUUUCUAUAGUUCUUUUAGCAACUGCUGCUAUCUUCACCUCCAACGUAAAUAAUGUUCAUGGAGGAAGUCAUCUUGAUCAUCAUAUCAAUAUCAAACGUAUGAAGGAUAAAGUGCUUCAAAGGCCUCAACUUCCUUCAAACUCAUAUGGUGAAGAAAGCGCACGAGUGUAUCACGUGACAUCAUACGGUGCAGACCCGACCGGCAAAUAUGAUAGCACAGAUGCGAUUCUGAGAGCAAUAAAAAAUGCGACAUCCACCUCCAGUGGAGUUCUUUUCGACCAGAUUCAGAAUCUCGGCGGCGCAAGGGUCGAUCUUGAUGGCGGGAUUUAUGUUAUUAGCCGCCCGCUUCAGCUCCCGACCGCCGGACUAGGAAAUCUCGUGGUAACACUAUCUCACUACUCAAUAGCUAGUAGUUACAACCCCACUCAGGCAUCCCAUGUUUUUAGAUAUAUUUAUGGGCUUUAUAAAUUAUUCCACUAUUUAUUAAAAUAUUUGAUGAAAUUAUGUGAUACCGAGUACAAAAUUUAUUUGGCAAAGAAAAGAACUACAGAGUAUAUACUACAAGUCCUUACUAGUUACUCCAUACUAUCCUACAAGUUCUUAUUCUUAAGUUUUGUUUUUGAUAUACUCUAAAAUAGAUUUCCGGUGGAACACUGAAGGCGUCAAACAACUUUCCGGGGAACAAAUAUCUUAUCGACUUAUCUGAUCCGCAAUCCGGCAAAUUACAGUUCAAUUUUGGGUUCAUAACAUUAAGAGAUCUAUUUCUGGAUUCCAACUACAGGGGAGGAGGCAUUCAACUGGUGAAGUCACUAAGGAUUUUUGUUGACAACUGUUACAUUACUCACUUCACAACAAAAGGGAUUUUCGUCAACGGCGGCCACAAGACCUACAUCAAAAACUCAUUCCUCGGUCAACACAUCACCGCCGGCGGCGAUCACGGUGAGCGCCAUUUCACCGGGACGGCGGUAGAUUUGUGGGGAGACGAUAACGCGGUGACGGACGUCGUGGUUUUCUCGGCCGCCGUCGGAAUCAAGAUCGCCGGCCGAGGAAACGUGUUGACCGGCGUGCAUUGUUACAAUAAGGCCGCCGGAUUCGGCGGUACCGGGGUUUACAUACAGCUCCCCGGAGUAACCCAUACCAGGAUAGUGAAUUCCUACUUCGAUUACACCGGGAUAGUCGCCGAGGACCCUGUCCAGCUCCAUAUCUCCGGCUGCUUUUUCUACGGAGGCGCUUUUAUCAGCUUCAAGUCCGUCAACGGGGUCAUCCACGGGGUCAACGUCGUGGACAACAUUUUCAGCGGAACAAACAGAAACACAGAUAUUGUUAAGCUGGAUGGGGGAUUUAAGGAGAUUGAUCAAGUAAUGGUUGAUAGGAAUACCGUUGAUCAUGGAAUGAAGAUUAAAUCUACAAUUGGAAGGGGGAGUAUCAAUGGGAAUAGAAGUAUUUGGGAUUUGGAUCUCAGAUCCACUCUUCUCUUCCCAAACCUCAUUAAACGUGUGGAUUACACCUUUAUUCCGGCCGGGAAUUCCUUCCCUAGGCAUGCCUUGAGAAGUAUGUCCAAUAAUCAUGUUGUUAUUGAGUCGGACAUGGUGGUUGAAGCUCGAGUUCUGGUCAUGGCUGACCAAGGAAUGUCAUGAAUCAUGAUAACUAAGAUACAUAGAAAAUGAUUUUUUCCACUUUUAAUCCUCCGACUAUUAUGUCAUUGACAGUUUUGUUACUUGACUUUGAUUUUUUCCAUUUUUAGUCCUUGACUACUGUGCUAGAGAUACUUUUAGUACUCGUCUUUAAAAAUUUCCAUAUUUAGUCCUUCAACUUUGAUAAAAGUGACACUUUUGGUCUUUCAACUAUUAUACUCCCUCCGUUCUUAAAAAUUCUUUCCGGAUUGACUUGGCACGGAGAUUAAGAAAGUGGAAUAAAGUGGAAAUGUGUGGUUGUGGUUGUGUGAGAAAAAGGUAAAAUGAAUGUGAGGCACACAAAUUGUCCAAAAAGGGAAAGUGGGAAAAAAUUUUGGGAACGGCCCAAAAAGGAAAGUGGGAAGUAUUUUUGGGAACGGAUGGAGUAAUAAUGACUUUUUUAGUCUUUCACUUAUUGUGUCAAAAUCAUAAUUUGAGGACUAAAAGUGUCAAUUUGACAAUACUCGGGGACUAAAUGUGGGAAACCUUGAAGUCAUGGACUAAAAGUGUCUCUAACACAACAGUCAAGGACUAAAAAUGGAACAAUUAGAAGUCGAGUAUCAAAAUUGUCAUUGACAUAAUAAUUGAGGUAAACUCCAUAGAAAAUUUACUGUAUUUUAAGACUUUCUCAUUUUAAUAUUUCAUCUAACGUUGUGGGAGGGAGUGUGCAUUUUUACAGAAGUAAGUCUAUAGAGACAUUAAACAUUGAUUUAUCAAACACAUUAUUAUUAAAUCGAUCACAUUAAUUAUAUGUGGUGAUCACAUUGUGAGUAUUUUUUCAUGACAUGAUGAGUAUGUGUCCAAUUAAAAUGUAAUUCAUAUAAUGUACGGAGUACAAUUUUUACGUCCUCCUACAUUUAUUUGUACGUAUUAUUUUCAUUAUCAUCGGUUGUACAAUUGACUAGUUAAGUAAACAUAGCCAAUGUUCUAA